UUUAAGUGUGUUGUUCAGGGCAUUGAGUCAUUCAUCCUCAACAUUUGUUAUUGCAAUUGACUAGAGGAUGGGAAACCAGCAGGAAAUUUCUAGUGAGGAAGGUAGACACAUCCUUGAAGCAAUUGCGGCAACUGGAAAGUUUUGGCACGACUGGGAUAAGCUGAAGAGUAUUCUAUCCUUCCAAUUGAAGCAGGUUCUGACAGACUAUCCAGAGGCAAACUUGACUAAUGAAUUGCAAAUUUCUUCAUUAGGAGAGCCCUUAGCAGAGUUGGUGAAAAGGUUGGAUGAUGAUCUUAAUAGCUUUAUCGUUGGUCCUCCAUUUACUUUACAGCGACUGUGUGAGAUUUUGUUGGAUGCACGAAACAUUUACCCGAAGCUCUCAAAGCUUGUCUUGGCGUUAGAAAAGAACUUAUUGGUUUCAUCUACAUUGACCAUCUCUGCCGAUCCACCAGCACCCGCGCUCAAACCAGCUGACACAGAUCCAGAAUCUCCCCCCGGGUCCCACCACCAUCCAUCGGAAUCAAUUGUACCCAAUGGGAUUGAAACAAGAGCCGACGAUCCAGACGAAAUAAUGGGCGAGGCCGAGGCAGCUGAAGUUGUGGAUGGCAUGACCGUUGACAUGGAAACCUCAGAAGACAUCAGCACGGCCCCAUCUGAAACAAAUUCUGCCGAACCAAACGUGUGAUUCAUAAAUUUGAUGAGGUGGUUGGUAUUGUCAUGUAGUACUGUGUUCAUUUUUCUCACAACUGUACUCCUCCUGGGAUUUCAAGUGCAUGCAACAAAUUCAUGUGUCAACU